GAAGGGCGAUUUCGUUCGGCUACUACGUUCUAGCAUCUAUCCACCAGGCUGUGGUUCCGUGUUGGAAACUGGUUGGAAACUGCAAAGACAAGAUAGGCGAGAACUGCUGUCGGUAUUUGAAACGUAAAAACACAACCAAAAGGUUUCUCCACAUAAAAACUAGAAUGACAGAAAGGAAACCGUGUAAGGUGUGCAAUUUCACACGACAAAAAUCCUACGGUUUGGCAGUUCCCUCUUUAGAUGAUCUGAAGAUAAAAGGAUGUGAGUUUCUUGGGUUCAGCCCUGGUGAGCCGGUCACAGUGGUCCUAGAGGAUGAUGGGACGAUAGUACAGGAUCAAGCCUACUUUUUGUGUUUACCUUCAAACACAAAGUUCAUGCUGUUGCAUGAAAAAGAGAGAUGGUCACCGGGUUGCAGAAUGGAUGGUGGUACGGCCUGGAUGGCCAGGGAUUCUAUGGUGCUGGAGGCAGAUACUGUGGACAACUCUAGUGCUGUAGCAUGCUGGUGGCACCUGGCUCAGCAGCUGAAGCAGGACAUUGCCAGCAUCAUCCUCAUGUCUGAGGCAGACUUACAGACCUUAGUGGAUGCCCCAUGCCCUGAGCUAGCUUCUGCUAUGGGCUUCGAAGAGAAGAAGGCAGAGGAUCUGCAGGAAACACUGCAGGGAGUUUUGGACCGACGAGAAGAGGAGAGGCAGUCCAAGGAACUGCUCCAGCUCUACCUCAAAGCUGCGGUGCAAGAGGACCAACAGCAGGAAGUGCCAAACCUGCCCAGCCAGGAAGGGGCUGGAGACGUGGAGGUGGAUGCGAUGGAGGUGGACUCUGUAUCUGGAUUCAUGUCCAGGACACUGAUGGUCCUGAAAGGCAAAACAAGCCCGGAGACCAGACUCUCCACUGAGGAUCUGCAGAUGGUAGUGACCAGAGGGAUGGAAGCUAUGGAGAAGGUGCUGGGCUGGGACAGAAAGAGGACGUCUGCGCUGCUGCAGGCCUGUGAAGCCGAGCUGAGCAGGCGUCUCCAGCAGGUUCAGGCUGUGCAGUCCAUCAGAAGCCACACACAGCUGGACAGGGAGCAGCACACGGAGGAGGGUGUAGAAACGCCAGCCCAAGGCAGCAACUAGACCAAGGCUUCACCUGAGCAGAGACUGAUAAGAAUUUACAAUACCAGCCUCAGGGUUUGAAGAAAUGGGAUUUACCCUAUGUUACUGAUAAUAUCCAUAAUGCUGCAAUCCAAGAAUGGUUAUGAUGUUGAUGUUUGCUUCAUUUUGUAAAACUUGCAAACCAUUUGAACGCUUUUUCAUCUUCAUCAAGUCAUUUGCACAAGUCAUGUUUAUCAAAGACAUGCUGGUGUUAACCACUGGCAUCAGCUUUAUAUUGGCUCCUUUUUUGCCAUGCUGUGAAAAUACUCACAGAUAAACAUAUCCAUGUAAACUUUUAAGCAAAACAUUUUGAGAAAUAUGCUUUCUUGCUGAGAGUUGGUAUGAGAAGAUUGAUACCAUUCUCAUGUGCCAUCACCCAGGUUUUUUAGCUUAGUUUAGUUUAGCUUAGCAUAAAGACUGGAAAUGGGGAAACGGCUUGCCUGGCUCCAUCCUAAGCUCAUCAACUACACCUACCUGUGGACCUAAAUGUGGUAUUUUCCUUUCCAUUUUGUACCACAGUUUAUGUGCACUUUAGUGUGAAAUGUCAUUAACUGACGAGUGACCAUUUAGAAAAGCUCUACCUGGAACAAUGAAUGGAAGGAAUAUCUAUAUAUGAUGAGUGCAGGAACUCUCUACCAAAGGCACAAAACCAAAGGAAUUUGUACAGCUCUGGGUUAGUACAGACAAAAACUGCAGGCAGGUUUAUACUGAAAGAGAAAAUUGUUUCUGAGAUUUAUAGGAAUCGACCAAAUAUAUUUAUAAAAGCUAAAUUUGAAUGUGGUAAUUAGACUAAUUUUUAAUUCUAAUAAUAAAGAGUCCAACAAUAUAAAAUUUCUAUCACUCCAUACAGGGAAGCUUCACUGAACACAUGGUGGGUGAGAAUGACAUGAAGUUUCAUCUUUGAGUUGAAUAGAACCAAUAUUUCUGGAUGAGAGCACCUUUAAGAUCAUCUAUUACAGUGUAUACUAUUAUUGAAGUUAUGUAUCAGUCUAGUGGCUGCGUAAUGUAAGAUGGUGUGUAUAUUGGGUCCAGGUCUGUGUGACUCAUAGGCCAUAUAUAAGAUAGCCUUUGUCAUGCCUGUCAUCUCAUCAUCGGUCUCUUGAACAAUAAACACAUACGUAUGAUGGUGGAUGAAAGUCUUUUUGUGUUGUGGUGAGAUUGAAAUGUCAUGACCGGCUUGUACUUUAAUAUUAAAUACAGGGGUAAGUAGAGAAUUUAUCAAGGUCUCCUAUUUAGUCAGUAUUAUGUCUACGUCACACGGUUUUACCAAAAUUAAGCUGUCACUCUGCUGUUUUAUAACCCUGUUAGAAUUAUCGUGUCAGUUCCCCAACACAUUCACACUUUGAAUUUAACUUUAACAUGCAGGACAAACAUUACAAAGGAAGUUGUAUAUGAAUGUGCAUUAUGUCAUUUAGCUCGGCUUUUAUAAAAAUGUUGAAAGGUGUUCUCUAAAAUAAACCAGCCCUCAAACUUUU